AUGGAAGGCUCAUCCUCAAUGACGCAAGACGAAAUUUACUGCGAGAAGCUAUUUGAGCGUACAGUGUGUCGCGAUCUUUCCGGGCGCUAUCACGUUCAAUAUCCCUUUAAGGAGUCCUGUGACCUUGCUGCUCUAUCCGAUUCUAAAUCAAAUGCCCUUCGACUAUUCGCAUACCAACAAGCGCGCCUUCAAAACAAUGCCACACUGAAUGAAAUGUAUACAGCGUUUAUGGCUGAGUACAGAAAUCUUGGUCAUAUGGAUCCAGUCCCAUCUGACGAUUUUGCGCAUCCAGUAUGUUACAUUCCUCAUCAUGGUGUGUACAAAAAAGGUAGCACUACGACGAAGCUUCGCACUGUAUUUAAUGCUUCAAGGAAAUACAAAGGUGGCGUUUCUCUAAACGACUGUCUUCAUGUUGGACCCAAGCUGCAGAGCUACUUAAUCUCCAUCAUAUUAAAUUGGCGAAUGCAUCGAGUUGCGUUCAUAGCGGACAUUGAAAAAUGUUAUCGCCAGAUUUUAGUCAGCAGACCUGAUGCUGAUAUGCAGCGGAUUGUCUGGCGUGACGAGCAGGGCAAGCCAGCCAUUUACCGGUUGCUCACUGUUACUUACGGCUUAAAUUGCUCGCCCUAUCUCACCAUUAAGGUUCUGCACACGCUUGGUACGGAUGAAGAACACGAUUUUCCGGCAGCAUCAAAAAUAUUAACGGAGUCGUUUUACAUGGAUGAUUGCCUGCAUGGUGCCGCAACCGUGGAAGACGCUCUGAAUAUUCAACGCCAGCUACAACAGCUUUUGCAGCGCGGCGGAUUCAACCUUCGGAAGUGGAUGUCCAACUCUACUGAAUUUAUGCGUCAUCUGUACACUGAAGACGAAAACCUUGGGCUGUCCCGCAACUUAAAUCUUGAUAGCGAAACAAACGCUCUAGGAAUUUAUUGGCUGUGCGACACUGACAGCCUCGGUUACAAGACAAACGUAACACCAAUCAUUGGAGACAUCACAAAGAGGCAGCAAUUGUGCGAUGUGGCCAAAAUCUAUGACCCGCCGGGUCUACUAGCACCUGUCGUAGUUAAAGGUAAAGCUAUUUGUCAGCAGCUGUGGUUAUCGGGUGUCGAUUGGGGCGAUCCCAUUCCUGAUCCACUUCAACAAGAAUGGCGACGCUUUAGAGACGAAAUGCCUCAAAUCAGAGAACUCAAAGUACCCAGGUGGGUUGGAGCUGAGCCCAGUGUAUCCAGUUACCAACUGCAUGUAUUUUCUGAUGCCUCUACUGUGGUAUAUGCUGCUGUCGCGUACCUUCGUGUGGAAACUUCAGGUAAUGAUGUAAAAAUAUCAAUUCUAACCGCUAAGACUAAGGUGGCUGCUCUACUCGCAGCGAAAGUAGCCGCUAAAGUGCUGUCAACACUGCAACUACCAGCGAUUCGACUUUACUGUUGGUCGGAUUCCAAAACCACGCUCAGCUGUAUUCGAUCAAAUCCUGGUAAACACAACCAAUACAUCAGCAAUCGUGUAAUUCAAAUCCAAGAGUUAACACUAAUCAACGCUUGGAAGUAUGUACCUACUACAACGAACCCAGCCUACAUUGCAUCCCGGGGUAUUUUCCCGUCUCAGCUCGCAGGGUUGUCGCUGUGGUGGCGGGGACUUCCGUGGCUAAAUCGUCACUCAAUCACCUGGCCUGAACAACACAACGGUUCGACAGAUCCAGACGAAGAAUUAGUUCUCUCCCUAGUGACGAUUCCGGAAGAGUCCAAACCAACCAUGCUCAUGACAUUGCUUCAAAAAUACUCGAAUCUCAACAAGCUAUUGGCAGUAACAUCUUGGUGUCAGCGUUUCCUUGCCGCACUGAUGAAGCGACCCCAUGAAACAACUCUAUGGUGCACUGUGACUGAAAGAACCGCGGCCUUGCAAUUCUGGAUAAGCAAACCGAUUUGCCAGAAGAGCAAGCUCCUCAAAUUGAACCCAGUUUUGGAUGACGAUGGAAAAUUGCGUUUAAACGGGCGGUUGAAGAACGCAAACAUGCCUUUCUAUGAACAGUUUCCAUGCUUGUUACCGAAACAGGAUCCUCUGUGCACGUUACUGAUCAGUCAAGCGCAUGACUAUACGUUGCAUGGCGGCGUUCAAUCGACUCUCAACUUUAUAAGAAGAAGAUACUGGAUUAUUGACGCUCCAUCUGGACAUGCGUAUGCUAGAGCUGUACGUGCUCAUACGUUAUUACAGGAAGCGGUAACACAAUUGAUUUUUGAACAUCUUAUGGAACACAAUACAGGUUUAGCAAAUAUACUGAAUGAUGAAGAUAACUCUAUGAUUUGA